AUGAGUAUUGAAGAAAAACCAGAUUCUCAUAUUAAUUAUGAUGAUGCAAUUUCUUAUUGGACAAGUACACCAGCAACUGUAGAUGGUGUCCUAGGUGGAUAUGGUGAAGAAACUGUUGUUCCAACAAUGGAUGUAUUAGGAUCUCAACACUUUUUAAGAAAAUUAAAAUCCAGAAUGGUACCUCCUUCGAAUGAAUACAAGAAAUAUGGUGCAGAUAUUGGUGCAGGAAUUGGUAGAGUCACUAAAAAUAUGUUAUCAAAACAAUGUGAUAUUGUUGAUUUAGUGGAACCUGUUGAACCAUUUUGUAAACAGAUGGAAGAAGAAUUAUCAGAUUUAAAAGAUCAAGGUAAAAUUGGUGAAAUAUAUCCUAUUGGAAUGCAAGAUUGGAACCCAGAAGAAGGUAAAUAUUGGUUAAUUUGGUGUCAAUGGUGUGUUGGUCAUUUGCCAGAUGAGAAAUUAAUAGAAUUUUUCAAAAGAUGUAUAAAAGGUUUACAACCAAAUGGUACUAUAAUUAUUAAAGAAAACAAUACACCAUCAAAUGAAGAUGAUUUUGAUUCAACAGAUUCAAGUGUCACAAGAAGUGAUUCAAAAUUUAAAGAAUUAUUUGAAAAGAGCGGAUUAAAAUUAAUUGCUACAGAUAGACAAAAGGGUCUACCUAAAGAGUUAUAUCCGGUAAGAAUGUAUGCAUUAAAACCCCAAUGA